CUGCAGACCGCAGGCUGCGAGCGCGGCUGUGCCCUGUAUCCCAUCCCCGCGCCCCUGGCGCGCUCCGCAGAGAACAGAACGAUGCCCGGGGCUGGGGACCGAGGUGCAGCCUGGGCGAGAUGGCUGGGCACUGGGCUUUUGGGUCUCUUCCUGCUCCCCGUGUCCCUGUCGCUGGAGGUGUCUGUGGGAAAGGCCACCACCAUCUACGCCGUCAACGGCACGGAGAUCCUGCUGCCCUGCACCUUCUCCAGCUGCUUUGGCUUCCAUGACCUCCAGUUCUGGUGGUCCUUCAACAGCAGUGACACAUUCAAGAUUCUCAUAGACGGGACUGUGAAGAAUGAGAAGUCUGACCCCAAGGUGAAGUUGAAAGACAGUGAACGCAUCAGUCUGGAGGGCUCCACCAAGGAGAAGAUGAACAACAUUUCCAUUCUGCUGAGGAACCUGGAUUUCAGGGACACAGGCAAAUACACCUGUCACGUGAAGAACCCCAAGGAGAAUUAUCUUCAGCACCAAGCCACCAUCUUGCUCCAUGUUGUUGAUAAACUGGAAGAAGUGGACAACACGGUGACACUCAUCAUCCUGGCCGUCGUGGGCGGGGUCAUUGGGCUCCUCAUCCUCAUCAUGCUGGUCAAGAAGUUCAUCGCUUUCAUUGUCAAGAAGACUCAGGAGAAGAAGAAGGAGUGCCUCGUGAGUUCCUCAGGGAACGACAAUACAGAGAAUGGGUUGCCUGGCUCCAAGGCGGAAGAGAAACCACCAACAAAGGUGUGAGCCCCCGCUGGGUGCCAAGCAGCCACUGGGAGCCUCACUUUCUGAGGAUGAAACUGAUGCUUGAGCCGUGUCCGUGAACCCACGUGCCUGAGACAUCUGCUGCUUGGCUCAAACUGUAGUCUUUCCGGGCGGGGAGAAACUGGGGUCCUGCCCAGCCUGCCCCACCCCCUCCCCAGUCAGGGCUCCCCAGGGACGAGGCCUGGCCAGGGGAGGGGGCCUGUGGAAGGUUCAGGAGAGGAAAAGAGGAGCUGGGCGGUAUGGAGGGCCAGUCCCCCGACACCUGGUGGAUGGGUCUUCCUCAGUCUCCCCACGCUGGACGAGCAAUGCCUUGGUUUUCCUCCAAAUUUCUCUUCAAGAGACACUUGGGGACUGGUGAGGGCUGCCCCAAUAGCUGGACCCUGUGUGUGGAGAACCAGCCCUUCUAAUGGUGAGACUGGCCAAGAGGGCUCUGUACAGGAUCUGGGGGCGGGAGGCUGCUGGAGGGGGGCCUACAGUGAGAGGCUUUGAUGGACACCUGAUCCCCCACAUCCCUCUAGUGAGGAACUUCCCUUUCUCCUCCACUGCAGGGUGCCUGCCUGCCUUGGUCCCACAUCCCUUGUACCUACCCCUGCUGCUCAGAGUCUCUGAACCCUCCCAACUAGGGCUGGCUGUCUUGCUUUUGGGAGAUCCUGGCCCAUCUAGCCUCCUCCUCUGAUCUCUGGGUUCCUGAGGGGCCCCUCAGGCCUUCCUGGAUCACUGGGGCGCUACCUACACCUUUCCUAGCAUUUUUCCUCAGGGAACCAGGACUGUGGAGGUCGGUGAGCCAAUGCCCUGGGGCUCUUGGCCACUGGAAUGCUUACCCCAGCCCAGUCAAUGCUGGCUGCUCCUUCUCCUUGGCAUGGCAGGACCAUCGCCACACCUGGGAACUCCCGAGCCUGGCUCUGCCCCGCUCUUCUUUCCCUGAAGCAGCAAGUGGCGUCAUCUUGCUUGAGGUGUUGCACACUCAAACCCUCCGCUCGCAUUGGCUUGCUCCUCCUGCUCCCCUCCAUCACACCUUCUCCCCGGCCCAGGGGUGCUCAUCUCUGACCCUGGGUCAAGGCAUGCCUUCGCCUCAGGGAUCCUCUUGCUUUGGAGGAGAGGGCCCUUGGGUUUUCUGGCUGCUUCCUGCUCAGCUGCCACCCCCUUUCCCACCCUGGGGUUAGGGAGGAGCAGGGAGAGAGUGCCCGCUUUGCUUUCUUGAGAACUGGUUUGCACACCACUUGUAUGUGGGGCUAGACUGUGCCUGAGCUCCUGAGUCCCAGCUCAUGCCCUCCCUCCCCUCUCCAGCUCGUACAUAACAGCCAACUCUGGUGCGGCAUUGGUGAGGGCGCCCUAACCACUCCACCCAGGGUCAUGUAGGGGACCAGGGAGCUGGAGUGGUGUCACCAACAGCCCCUUGGCUAGUGACUGAAUCUUGGAGACAUCUGCCAAGGGCUCCCACAGGGUUCCCUGACAGGGGAUGUAGUGGUGUCGGAAGUGGGACCUCUUGAUGGAAGUCCCAUUGUGUUGUCCCUGUGGGUAGAAAUGGUGAUGUGAGGGAUGGCAUGGAGAUGUGAUAAUGGAGGUCUCCACCAUCUGCUCCCACUCCCUUGCUCUCUUAUAGAAUUUCUGAGACUCUGUCCUCUGGGCCCUGGGCGGGGUGAGAGGGGAGCAGCCCCCUUUUCCAGAUUCCAGACCAGUCCAGAUUCCAGACUGCCUCAGGAGUCUGCUUGCCAAAAAGCAGCACAAAUUUCCCCAGGAGUGGAGGUGGGGGAGACUUUGGGACAGCAGCACCUGCAGAAGCCCGUGGCUGUGAUUGUGGCCCUUGCCCAACCUGAUGGGCUCACAGGGUCCCACUCUGACCUGUCUCCAUCCCUGCCAUCCUUCUCCAUCCAGAACCCAUCAGAUUUUCCUGGCUUUGGGAGCAGACAGACCAGAGCUGCCAACCAUUUGGAAAACUUAUAGCUGCCUUCAUGCACUGCUGCUUUCUUCUCCCUUCCCAGCUUCAACAUUUGAAGGGGCAGAGUGUCUUGGGCUCCUCUUACUCUCUUGAGAGGAAGCCCAGGCAUAGAGGGUGAGGGAGAGGAAGAGCAUCAUCCUCUCCACUCCUGGAUCUACUGCUGACUAAUAGGCAGGUCAUGCAUCUUCUCUGGGCUCAGCUUUUCCCAUCUAUAAAAUGGGUGUAAUAAUACUUACCUACCUCACAGGACUGUUGUGAGGCUUGGCGAGUUUUUGUUUAAAAAAUCUUCUUGGCUUAGAAAGGGAUCUAGGAGGCCAGGUAUUAUAAUUGGAGAGAUUGUUCUAAGUCUGUCCCGUCCUCAUCGCUGUGUCCCAUCUCUGUAACACGCACACAAACACACUCUCUCUCUUCCCACUGCUCCCCUUUGGGAUUAUUUUAGUCUUUGUAAUGUUAGAAACCCUGGCUCUGAUGCUUAAAGCUUCUUGUUCAUGGCUUUUGUUGGGUGGUUUUCAAUAGAGGAGACUGGGACCGUAAGGGGCACACUUUUGGUUGCCCUAGUGCUUGGGGGGCACUACUGGCAUUAGUGAGUAGGGACUAAGAAUGCUAACCUUAGUCCCCACAACAAAGACUGUCCUGCCCCAAUGCCAGGAUUAUGUCCAUGGAGAAACACUGGAAUAGAUUUGCAAUAGAACGCGUAUAGCCAAAGCCAUCUUGACCCAAGCAGACCCUCAGUGCAUGCAUGUCUCCAAGGGUGAUCUCCAGGGGCUGGUGAGAGUGCUUCCAGGGCUUGGGGGCUAGAGAGAGCCAUUUACAAAUGACUCUGGGGAGCCCUGGAUGCAUGCGGCUGUGCUGACAGUGAAGUCAGUGAGACCAUAGACAAAGCCUUUCCCAGCUCCCCAUCCUUGACCUCAAAGUAGGACCUCAGCAUUCCAGGCCUUGGGUUUCUCCCCAUGUAGGAAUUGAACAGAAGGCAGCCAGAAUGAACCUGUGAUGUUAGAGAGAU